GUGCCGGAGCGUCAUGCCAGCGAGCCCCAGGCCCCUCCCGAUGUCCCAUGAGGCGUCCGUGCUCCCGAGCUCCAAGGUCAGCCCCCUGCACUCCAGAGGCCUGCCAGCCCCACCCCAGAGCCGUCCGUGUGGGGCCACCUCUUUCCAGCCAGACCUCCUGUAGCCCCAGAGGACGGCCUUGGCCAGGAGCCACUGCUGGGACUCAGACCUUUCCAGAAAAGGAAGUCAUCAACUCCUCUGUCCAGAAGACGUCUUUGAACUGUGACCUUUUCACCCUCCCCUCUUGGUCAAGGAGCGAUCGUCUUGGCCACACCAGGCGCCCGUCAGCCAGCCGUGCGGAUGACCAGCCCCCGUGGAGGCACCCCUUCCCCAUCUUAGCCUGAACCAGUUCUCGAAACUGUUCGCAGACCACAGGCCUUUGUGGGCAGGACCAGGAGCUGUGAAGGGUCCCUCUCUGCUCCAGCUGCGUCCUUGGCGUGGACAGUGACCAGGAGCUCGCGGGUCACCCUCCUCCGCUGCCCUCACCGUCCACCUUGGGUCCACCCUCGGCCUUCAUGCCCGCGGCUUCUAGCCGCGGGCAUCCUGGGGCCUUCCUGAGCUCCUCCGACCCCCUCCUUCUCUAGAGCAGCCCCUCCAGCGAGGAUGGCAGUGCUCAGGCAGCUGGCGCUGCUGCUCUGGAAGAACUAUACUCUACAGAAGCGGAAGGUGCUGGUGACCCUCUUGGAGCUCUUUCUGCCCCUGCUGUUCUCUGGGAUCCUGAUCUGGCUCCGCCUGAAGAUCCAGUCAGAGAACGUGCCCAAUGCCACCCUCUACCCCAGCCAGUCCAUCCGAGAGCUGCCCCUCUUCUUCAGCUUCCCUCCCCUGGGGGCCACCUGGGAGCUGGCCUACAUCCCAUCCCAAAGUGAGGCCGUGCGCACGGUGGUGGAGAACGUGCAGAGGGCGCUGGUGAUCAACCUGCGAGCUCAUGGCUUCGCCUCUGAGAAGGACUUCGAGGACUACAUCAGAUACGACAACCGCUCUGCCAACGUGCUGGCCGCCCUUGUGUUCGAGCACACCUUCAACCACAGCCGGGACCCCCUGCCGCUGGCGGUGAGAUACCACUUACGCUUCAGUUACACGCGAAGAAACUACAUGUGGACUCAGACAGGCUCCUUUUUCCUGAAAGAGACAGAGGGAUGGCACACCACUUCCCUUUUUCCACUCUUCCCAAACCCAGGACCCAGGGAGCCCACGUCCCCUGACGGCGGAGAACCUGGUUACAUCCGCGAGGGCUUCCUGGCCGUGCAGCAUGCAGUGGACAGGGCCAUCAUGCACUACCAUGCCAAUGCCUCCACGCACCAGCUGUUCGAGAAGCUCACUGUGAUCGCCAAGCGGUUCCCUUACCCGCCUUUCAUCUCCGACCCCUUCCUGGUCGCCAUCCAGUACCAGCUUCCACUGCUGCUCAUGCUGAGCUUCACCUACACCUCCCUCAGCAUCAUCCGGGCCAUCGUGCAGGAGAAGGAGAAGAAGCUGAAGGAGUACAUGCGUAUGAUGGGGCUCAGCGGCUGGCUGCUCUGGACCGCGUGGUUCCUCCUCUUCUUCUUCCUCCUCCUCGUCGCCGUCUCCUUCAUGACUCUGCUCUUCUGCGUCAAGGUGAAGAAGGACGUGGCGGUGCUCGCGCACAGCGACCCCACACUGGUGCUGGUCUUCCUGGCCUGCUUUGCCGUCUCCUCCAUCUCCUUCAGCUUCAUGGUCAGCACUUUCUUCAGCAAAGCCAACAUGGCAGCAGCCAUCGGCGGUUUCCUCUACUUCUUCUCCUACAUCCCCUACUUCUUCGUUGCUCCUCACUACAACUGGAUGACGCUGAGCCAGAAGCUCUUCUCCUGCCUCCUGUCCAACGUCGCCAUGGCGAUGGGAGCCCAGCUCAUAGGGAAAUUUGAAGCCAAAGGCACAGGCAUCCAGUGGCGAGACCUCCUGAGUCCCGUCAACGUGGAUGACGACUUCACCUUCGGGCAGGUGCUGGGCAUGCUGCUGCUGGACUCCGUCCUCUACGGGCUGGUCGCCUGGUACGUGGAGGCUGUGCUCCCGGGCCAGUUUGGCGUGCCCCAGCCCUGGUACUUCUUCAUCCUGCCUUCGUACUGGUGCGGACGCCCAAGGACGGCGCUCGGGAAAGAGGAGGAGGACGACGACCCUGAGAAGGUGCUCAGGACUGAGUACUUUGAAGCUGAGCCCGAGGACCUGGUGGCCGGGAUCAAGAUCAAGCACGUGACCAAGGUGUUUAGAGUGGGGAACAAGGGCAAGGCGGCCGUCAGAGACCUGAAUCUGAACCUGUACGAAGGCCAGAUCACCGUCCUGCUGGGCCACAACGGCGCGGGGAAGACCACCACGCUCUCCAUGCUCACGGGUCUCUUCCCCCCGACCAGCGGACGAGCGUACAUCAGCGGGUACGAAGUCUCGCAGGACAUGGAUCAGAUCCGGAAGAGCCUGGGCCUGUGCCCACAGCACGACGUCUUGUUUGACAACUUGACUGUCGCCGAGCACCUGUACUUCUAUGCUCAGCUGAAAGGCUUGCCGCGUCAGAAGUGCCCUGAGGAGGUCAAACGCAUGCUGCACGUGCUCGGGCUGGAGGAGAAGCGGGACUCCCGGAGCAAGUUUCUGAGUGGUGGGAUGCGGCGCAAGCUCUCCAUCGGCAUUGCCCUCAUCGCGGGCUCCAAGGUGCUGAUGCUGGACGAGCCCACUUCGGGCGUGGAUGCCAUCUCCAGGAGGGCCAUCUGGGACCUUCUGCAGCAGCAUAAGAGUGACCGCACCAUCCUGCUGACCACCCACUUCAUGGACGAGGCCGACCUACUGGGGGACCGCAUCGCUAUCAUGGCCAAGGGGGAGCUGCAGUGCUGCGGGUCGUCGCUGUUCCUCAAGGAGAAAUACGGCGCAGGCUACCACAUGACGCUAGUGAAGGAGCCUCACUGCAACCCCGAGGGCAUCUCCCGGCUGGUCCAGCACCACGUCCCCAACGCCACCCUGGAGAGCAGCGCCGGGGCAGAGCUGUCGUUCAUUCUUCCCAAGGAGAACACGCACAGGUUUGAAAGUCUUUUUGCUAAACUGGAGAAGAAGCAGAAGGAGUUGGGCAUCGCCAGCUUCGGGGCCUCCGUCACCACCAUGGAGGAGGUCUUCCUCCGGGUUGGCAAGCUGGUGGACACCAGCAUGGACAUCCAGGCCAUCCAGCUCCCUGCCCUGCAGUACCAGCACGAGAGGCGGGCCAGCGACUGGGCUGUGGACGGCCACCUGUGUGGGACCAUGGACCCGACCGACGGUGUUGGCGCGCUGAUUGAGGAGGAGUGCACCGCCGUCAAGCUCAACACCGGGCUGGCCCUCCACUGCCAGCAGUUCUGGGCCAUGUUCCUGAAGAAGGCCACCUACAGCUGGCGCGAGUGGAAGGUGGUGGCGGCCCAGGUCCUGGUGCCUGUGACGUGCCUCACCCUGGCCCUCCUGGCCAUCAACUAUUCCUCCGAGAUCUUCGACGACCCCCUGCUGAAGCUGACCCUGGGCGAGUACGGCCGCACCGUCGUGCCCUUCUCGGUCCCCGGGACCUCUCGGCUGGAUCAGCAGCUGUCGGAGCAUCUGAAAGACAUGCUGCAGGCCGAGGGCCAGGAGCCUCGAGAGGUGCUGGGUGACCUGGAGGAGUUCCUGAUUUUCAGGGCCUCAGUGGAGGGGGGCGGCUUCAACGAGCGGUGCCUGGUGGCAGCAUCCUUCAGAGACACGGGCGAGCACACGGUCGUCACUGCCCUGUUCAACAACCAGGCGUACCACUCCCCUGCCACCGCGCUGGCUGUCGUGGACAACCUCCUGUUCAAGCUGCUGUGUGGCCCCCGGGCCUCCAUCACGGUGUCCAACUUCCCCCAGCCCCGGAGCGCCCUGCAGGCUGCCAAGGACCAGUUCAAUGAGGGCCGGAAAGGCUUCGACAUCGCCCUCAACUUGCUGUUCGCCAUGGCAUUCCUGGCCAGCACCUUCUCCAUCCUAGCAGUCAGCGAGAGGGCCGUCCAAGCCAAGCAUGUGCAGUUCGUGAGCGGCGUCCACGUGGCUACUUUCUGGCUCUCGGCUCUGCUGUGGGACCUCCUGUCCUUCCUCGUCCCCAGUCUGCUGCUGCUGGUAGUGUUCAAGGCCUUCGACGUGCAUGCCUUCACGAGGGACGGACACGUGGCCGACGUCCUGCUGCUGCUCACGCUCUACGGCUGGGCCAUCAUCCCCCUCAUGUACCUGAUGAGCUUCUUUUUCUCCGGGGCGGCCACUGCCUACACGCGGCUGACCAUAUUCAACAUCCUGUCGGGCAUCGCCACCUUCCUCGUUGUCACCAUCAUGCGCAUCCCAGCAGUCAAGUUAGAAGAACUUUCCAGAACCCUGGACCGCGUGUUCCUGGUGCUUCCCAACCACUGCUUAGGGAUGGCGGUGAGCAACUUCUACCAGAACUACGAGACCAGGCGGUACUGCACCUCCUCCGACGUGGCAGCCCACUACUGCCGGAAAUACAACAUCCAGUACCAGGAGAACUUCUACGCGUGGAGCACCCCGGGGGUCGGCAGGUUCGUGACCUCCAUGGCCGCUUCAGGGUUUGCCUACCUCACCCUGCUCUUCCUCGUGGAGGCCGACCUGCUAUGGAGGCUGAAGACCUGCCUGUGUGCCUUCCAGAGGAGGCGGGCGCUGACAGAAGUGUACACCCGGACGGCGGCGCUCCCUGAAGACCAGGAUGUGAUGGACGAAAGGAACCGCGUCCUGUCCCCCAGCCUGGACUCCCUGCUGGACACGCCUCUGAUCAUCAAGGAGCUCUCCAAGGUGUACGAGCACCGGGCUCCGCUCCUCGCUGUGGACAAGGUGUCCCUCGCGGUCCAGAAAGGGGAGUGCUUCGGUUUGCUGGGCUUCAACGGAGCCGGGAAAACCACGACUUUCAAAAUGCUGACCGGGGAGGAGACCAUCACCUGUGGGGAUGCCUUUGUUGGGGGCUACAGCAUCAGCUCUGACAUCGGGAAGGUGCGGCAGCGAAUCGGCUACUGUCCCCAGUUCGAUGCCCUGCUGGACCACAUGACAGGCCGGGAGACACUGGUCAUGUUUGCCCGGCUCCGGGGCAUCCCCGAGCGCCACAUUGGCGUGUGUGUAGAGAACACGCUGCGGGGUCUGCUUCUGGAGCCGCACGCCAGCAAGCUGGUCAGGACGUACAGCGGUGGCAACAAGCGCAAGCUCAGCACUGGCAUUGCCCUGCUGGGGGAGCCCGCGGUCAUCUUCCUGGACGAGCCGUCCACUGGCAUGGACCCUGUGGCCCGGCGUCUGCUCUGGGACACCGUGGCACGGGCCCGAGAGUCCGGCAAGGCCAUUGUCAUCACCUCCCACAGCAUGGAGGAGUGUGAAGCCUUGUGUACCCGGCUGGCCAUCAUGGUGCAGGGUCAGUUCAAGUGCCUGGGCAGCCCACAGCACCUCAAGAGCAAGUUUGGCAGCGGCUACUCCCUACGGGCCAAGAUCCGGAGUGACGGGCAGCAGGAGACACUGGAGGAGUUCAAGGCGUUUGUGGGCCUGACCUUCCCAGGCAGCGUCCUGGAGGAUGAGCACCAAGGGAUGGUCCAUUACCACCUGCCUGGCGAUGACCUCAGCUGGGCAAAGGUGUUUGGCGUUCUGGAAAAGGCCAAGGAGAGGUACGGGGUGGACGACUACUCCGUGAGCCAGACCUCUCUGGAGCAGGUCUUCCUGAGCUUCGCCCACCUGCAGCCAUCCGCCGAGGAUGCAGGUCCGUGAGGUGCCGGGCGCUCGGUGGGCGUGCUCUCCGUCCACACCCACCCCGCCCUGCACCUCUCUUCUGAUCACUGUUCUCUACGAUGGAGAUGAGAAUCAAGGCACAGCAUGGACUGGGUGUGUCGCUGCCUUCAAGCCAGGAAGCAGCCCAGGCGGGCCUGCGUCUCAGGUGGUCGCGAGCCCGCUCUCCAGAAUCACGAUCAUCUGUGUGGGCAGGCCGCGGGUCUGGGCGGAGGGCACAGCCACACCCCCACGUUCGCACCUGGUGAAGCGGAAGGCCAGCAGGCUGGGGCAGCCAGCUCAUGGGCUGCCUGGGUAUGGACAGAGGGGUGCCUGUCGCCAUCCCCAGGGGCCACGUGGCAGAACUAGACGCUGAGAUCUUGGCUCCCAGCACAAUCGCGUGUCCUGGGAGCCCCUCUCCGGAAACCGUGGACACUGCACCAGACAGAGCCAGCCCUGCACCCGGCGUCAUCCCACUAGCGUCUUCCAGGGGGACGCCACGGGCCGGGAAGCCAGUCGGGGACCACCUGGGGCUGAGCGGCCAUCCGUGGAGGGCGCACCUAACGCGCGGUGAUUGUCUGGAAAAUAAAGGCUGGGAGGGAAGGCAACCAUGUCUGUGAGUCACGAGAUGGAGCCCGUGGCCCUGACACCCACCCAGCCCCAGACAAGCCUCUUGUAUCGAGUUCCAGAUGAGAGCAGGGGGACUUCUGGUGGUCCAGCGGUUAAGACUCCAUAUUCCCAAUGCAGGGAGGCUCAGGUUUGACCCCUGGUCAGGGAACUAAGAUCCCACAUGCUGCAAGGCAUGGCCAAAAAAAAAAAAAGAUGAAAGCGAGAGUUCGUUUUUCUCAAGUUGCAGUAAGUUUACAGAACUCACUGCUGCGGAAGAAGCCUAAACUGCAGGUACAAAAGCAGGUUGGAUAAAUGGCCCCUCGAGAGACCCUCCAUCCAGGGUGAGGGAAGAAGGCCGGGUUGGUGGAGGGUGCGGGUCUGGGUGAGCCCGGGGCCUCUGGCUCCAAGGUGUUGUAGGCGGAACACCAUUUUCCAGAAAUGUCUUCAGUGUCAGCUCCCUCUUGAUGGGUGCAUCCUUAUUUCUUAACAGCUUUCUAAGUUCCUGUGAUUUGAAUCUCUGAGCCUUUUACAGUCCCUUAGAAUUCAUGGGCUUAGAAAAGGUUUGUUUUCGGUUCCUUUGGUACAGUUUCAACUUUGCAUUUUUAUUAGUCUCUCAAAGCUUAUGAAUGCUGAAAAUAGUUUCCAGUAGCUGUCUCUCCCUUUAAGGAUCUUCAAAACAUUCUCAUUUAGUUACAUGUUAUAAAAAAAAAAUAAUAAACACAGGAGUGGUUGCGGCCCUGAA